ACAUACGACAUCCCUGACCCAGGACCGCACAUCGGAUCACAUCGGAUCAGGAAAAACUACAUUUUUACAAAUACAUGAAUAAAUCCGAACGUCGUCUAAAAAGGAAGUAACUGUUUCUGAGACUUCCUGUUUAUACUUUGAAGGCGGCUGAAAAUCCUCCGACUUGAUUGCAGUUUUUUGUCAACGCCCCCUGAUGAUGCCGCCUGCUCUGCGCUGAUUUUCAGGCGAGGCACAGUUCACCUCGAACGAACCUACGGAUUGUAGCCUUCCGUUUAUACAUCAGUUGAAGUAGCUAGUGGCUAGCUAUUAAGCACCCGUUCGCCUGUUCAGGUACACUAACGUUAGAUCUUCAGUGGACACAAUGGCGAGUCCAGGAAAAGACAACGACAGGAUGAAAAGUUAUAAGAACAAAGCGUUGAAUCCUCAGGAGAUGCGUCGAAGGAGAGAGGAGGAAGGAAUCCAGCUACGCAAACAGAAAAGAGAGGAGCAGCUGUUCAAAAGGAGAAAUGUCGGUGCACCUGAGUCAAUGCCGGAAGGUCCAAUCCAGGAUCCAGACAUCAACUCCACGGUACCUUUUGAUGAGGUCAUAACUCCCGAUAUGAUUCGGAUGAUCUUCUCCGGAGACCCAGACCAGCAGCUAAUUGCGACACAGAAAUUUAGGAAAUUACUCUCCAAAGAGCCCAACCCGCCCAUAGAUGAGGUCAUUUCCAUUCCUGGUGUUGUGAUUCGUUUUGUGGAGUUCCUAAAGAGGAGUGAAAACUGCACACUGCAGUUCGAGGCAGCUUGGGCACUAACCAACAUCGUGUCAGGUACCUUCUUGCACACCAAGGUGGUGAUUGAAACAGGAGCUGUUCCCACUUUCAUUGAGUUGCUGAACUCUGAGUACGAGGACGUCCAGGAACAGGCGGUGUGGGCAUUGGGGAACAUUGCAGGAGAUAAUGCUGAGUGCAGAGACUAUGUACUCAACUGUGGCAUCCUGCCAUUUCUACAACAGCUACUCGCUAAAUCCAACCGUCUCACAACAACACGAAAUGCUGUAUGGGCUCUGUCCAACUUGUGCCGAGGGAAAAACCCACCACCGGAUUUUGCCAAGGUCUCUCUUUGCCUCAGUGUGCUGUCCAGGCUUCUGUUCAGCAGUGAUCCAGAUGUGCUGGCUGACUCUUGUUGGUCUCUGUCCUACCUGUCUGAUGGCCCCAAUGAAAAGAUACAGACAGUGAUUGAUUCUGGAGUCUGCCGCAGAUUGGUGGAACUACUCAUGCACGGUGAUUAUAAAGUUGUUUCUCCUGCUGUCCGUGCGGUGGGAAACAUUGUAACAGGAGAUGACAUCCAGACUCAGGUUAUCCUGAACUGCUCAGCACUGCCAUGUUUACUCCACCUGCUCAGCAGUCCCAAAGAGUCCAUCAAGAAAGAGGCGUGCUGGACCUUGUCGAACAUCACAGCAGGAAACAGAGCUCAAAUUCAGAAUGUCAUUGACGCCAACAUCUUCCCAGUACUGAUUGAGAUCCUUCAGAAGGCUGAGUUCCGCACAAGGAGAGAGGCCGCGUGGACAAUUACUAAUGCCACCUCUGGGGGCACUACUGCACAGAUACGGUAUUUGGUGUCUCUGAAUGCCGUCAAACCCAUGUGUGACCUGCUGACAGUUAUGGACACAAAGAUUGUGCAGGUGUCUCUGAAUGGUCUAGAGAACAUACUCAAACUGGGAGAACAGGAGGCCAAACAGAAUGGAACCGGCAUCAACCCAUACUGUGCUCUCAUUGAGGAGGCAUACGGCCUGGACAAGAUCGAGUUCCUGCAGAGCCACGAGAACCUGGAGAUCUACCAAAAGGCCUUUGACCUGAUUGAACACUACUUUGGUGUGGAUGAGGAGGAUGCCAGCCUGGCUCCACAGGUGGACAAAGCUCAAGGACAGUUUGUCUUCCAGCAACAGGAUGGACCCAUGGAAAGUUUCCAGCUCUAACCCCAUGGCCCUUUUCUUCUCCCCUGGUCUCGAAACCUUUGCUCGAAACAGCAGCCUACUGACCUGCAAACCCCCCAGACCUUCACUUCUACAAUGCAACAACACCGUAGCUUGAGACUUGUGAUUAUGGAGAUAAAAAGAGUAGAUUUGGUUGUUGCUGUUUGAGACUGGGAGUCUGUAUGGAGGGCGUUGCUGGCAUUAUCCCAUGCCAUGGCAAGCAAACGUUAGUGCUACAGUAUGAUGUUCCUUUUCAAUUCCUGAUAUGUUAUUUUUAUUGUUACGUUAAUGGUAUUUGUGUUUACACAUUUGUUUUAGAAACUGCUCUCUCAAAUUUAGCAUCCAAAUCUUUUUUUAAAUGUGUGAACUACCCCUUCUCAGAAAAAAGGAAACAACAGAAACAAAGGAAGGAAAGCCUCAAAUGAACAGAUAAGUCAGGUUAUAUUUUUGUAUCUUUAAUUCUGGUUGAAGUCCAGUUUUAAAUAAAAUCAGUGGUCAGAUACAGUGUCAAGUGGCUGACCUGGCUGUUCGGAAUGGAAAUAUAGUGCUGAAUGUCCUGGUGUUGCCGCAUGCUAGUCGAAAGCAUUUGCAAAAGCUCAAGGUUAUUUUAUCCUCACCUGUGGAUUUAGAAAAACUCUAGAAAGAGCAUCGGGUCUUUAAUUUAUUUGUCUUCUGAGAGCUGUUGGAAGAGAUGCUCUUGGUCUUCUCCACCCUUAGUGACUGAAGGCAAGGGGCUUCCUGGAACUCUGUAACCGGCCAAAUGGCCCCGAGUUAGAUCGAUUUUUGAAACAAUGUUGGCUGUUCACUAUGUUUUAUGCUGCUUAUUUUAAAGUUAUGUUCUAUAUUUCAGAAAGCAGUAUCAGGGAAAUACAUGUGCUGUCUAUGUUCCAUGAUGCAGUCUGUGCAACUGGCAACAAUCUUACAAAUUAAAUUAAAUUUCUCUGAUUUGUAGUUUGACACUGUCUAGUAACGUAUCUUAAAUAAUUUGUUCGGCCUGCAAUCAUUUUCCUUAUUUGAAGUGAUGAGUAGAAUUGGUAUAUUGUAUACACAAAAGAUAUUGUAAAGAAAGUAUUUAAGUUGCUAUGGGAGGGUCUGAAAUGCAAUUGUUUUCUGGCUUAUAUGCAGUUGUGAUAUUUCCAUUCCAUUCCUGCUUCUCCUUAUUGUUCCCUUCUCAGGGUUGACCCUUCACAGUUUUGUUUUUGUUUUGAGGUUUGUUUCCUGUGCACAUUGGAAUACAGCAACAUUAAUUGUUGGAGAGUCACACUUGAAAUCAACCUAGAAUGUUGUGAAAUGUUUCAUGAAUAAUAGCAGUAUAGCAGAAAAUGUCCUCAUGUACAUUCAAUCAUAUCUGGUUUUUAUGAUAUUUUGUGAUGGAAAUUCAUGUUCAUCCCCUUCUUCUUCCAGGUCUCUAGAGACAGUGGCCUGUCGGCCUGUAUACUCUCCUGUGUGUACUCUCCAUGUUCCGCUUUCUUCCUCUUCUGCUAGAUGAGCCAUGAUUUGAUUUGGAUGAAUACCACUUUUAGUACAGCAACAAUAAUUGCAUUAAGCAAACCUUAAAUGCAAUCUAAUCUAAAUUGACAUGAAACUUACCAAACAGGAAUAAAACUGGUCACGUCGAUGAUGGCAAAAGCAAUCUAAAGGGGUGGUCUGUUGUAAUCGAUUCCAAUCAUCCUUACCUCAGUCUUUUUCUAUCGGGAUAGAUUAUAUCUGCUCUCCAAAGUGGUGACAAUGCUGUUUAGGCCACUUGCCAACCGCACAUUAAAUCCCCUAAGGUCUCCAAUGUCCGAACAAUUCAUAUAUAAACGAAAGGCACACUUUGUUGCAUAAAACACCAUGUGUAAGAGCCAAAUGUGUAUAUAAAUGUGUUUAAUCUAUGUGCACUGGGUGGCGCUUUUAUGGGGUCCUGUGCUCGACCAUUAAAUCAAUUAGAUCAUUAUUGACAUCCGCCGAAAAGGGAAAUAGUUUUGACUGCCUUCGCUGGAAGAGUGAGCUGCUUCCAUCGCUAUGUUGAACCAAGGACCAAGAUUAUAUAUACCACGGCAGAAAUGAAUAAAUCCGUAUUCAUAUAACAUUGAA